UCCAAUUGAAGUCUCAAAUUGCGCAUUCUCUUUUGCUUUUCAGUUGCAAGUUGGAAUCAUGAUUAAGAUUUUGCUUCCAUUUUUCAUUUUAACUUUAAUUCCAAAACAACCCGGAAAUUGUGUGCUCGAUUCAAUUGUAAAAAUUGUGAAGGAAAAUCUUGAUUUUGACAAUUUAUUUCCUCAAGUAACUGACGAGUUGAAAGUAGCACUUGUUAAUAUAACAGCUGGGUUACCGCAAUGUCUGGAUUCGAGUAAGUACCCUUCCCUCGGCUGUGAAAACGAAAUAGACGGCGGAAGUAACGUGAUGUCAAUUGUAACAAAUAUGUCGUGUCUGUUAAAGAAAGUUUGUUACAAAAAUAAUACGGCGAGUUUAGUCAAAGUGGUAGAAUGUUUUUCAAUCCUAAGUUCAGGUAGAGUAAGGAUUACCUUAGAAGAUGUUAAAAGAAAUGUUACAGCGAAAAUAUACAAAUGUAUUGCUGAUAUUUACGUCGUUAGCCGUGCUGGAUCUACAAAUUGUGAUUUGAUCGAUUCCAUUCUAGCAUUAGAUAUUCAAUCUGCUUUAGAAAAUAUAAAAACAAAUAUUAUCGAGAAAUUAAGAAACGAUUUCGUAACGUUAUUAAAGAUUCUUAGUGGAGAUAUGGAAGCAGAAUGUGUAAUUUUACAUUAAUACAUCAUAAAUUGUUUUCGAUGUAAAUUUACGAAU